AUGGACCGAAUGAGUGGUCUAGCAGAUGAAACGCUGAACGUGAUCAUGGGCUUUAAUGGUGCAAAGGAAGAUGCACGUGUGUUGACUCUUGCAAAAAGAUUCAGGAACCUACAUACCAUUGUAGGAUCACUCAACUUCGACGACAUAAAUGACUUUCAUGGUACGUUCUCCGAGUUUGUAAGUGAGAGAUUGGGUUUGCUGGAAGAUAAUCAAUUUGUAAGGAGGUUCUCGUUGAAGGCAAGAGCUAUUCUUGAUCCAGCUGACAUCGCACAGUGGUUACGUGAUGUGUUGAAGCGUGGGGUGGUGGAUGUUAGUUUACACAUUCAUGGUAAUAAUGGUGCUCCACUUCCCUUGGAGUUGUUCAAUAGCAGUAGUGUUGGUAUGCUUAGACUAGGGCGUCACUUGGUGAUCAGUGAAGUCCCCGCAACUGCUGCUCUACCCGCCCUUGAAACUCUUGUUCUCGACUCUGUCCGCUUCCAUGCCUUUGGUGAUUGUGCGUUUCAGGCGUUUCUGUCAGCUUGCCCUACGCUUAAAGAUCUAACAAUAAAUGGUUGGUUUUGGGAAACGUGGAGAUGGGGAGGGAUGUUGUCUAAUAAUUCUCUUCAACGACUUACUAUUACUCGUAGAAUGCAAGGUGGGUUUGAUGGCCUUGAUUAUCAGGAGAUUAGUUUCCAAACUCCAAGUCUCAGAUACCUAGACUACACCAACUUUGUUCCUGAUGCCUAUACAGUGGUCAACUUGGAGUCACUUGAAGAAGCUAAACUAUAUCUUCAGGUGGUGGAAGAUAGGGAAUGGUUUGGAGAACUUUUAGAGGAUCCUGACCGUUUAUCAAGUAAUCCCACAAACCUCAUUGAGGGGAUAAAGAAUGUAAAGUCCCUAACAUUGUCAUCUUCGUCUACUUUUCAGGUAUGUCUUUGA